GGCAAUCCAAAUAAAUAAAUAAAUAAAAGGAAUAAAAAGUAUAAAAGCCCUAAUUGUGAUUCUGAUACUAGGGUUUCUGGGAUCAAGCUAAAGGAAGCGCGAGAGGCAGCAAAUAUACUCAGUCCGCCACCAUGGGUCGCAUGCACAGUCGAGGUAAGGGUAUUUCAGCAUCUGCUUUGCCUUAUAAGAGAACCCCUCCAAGUUGGCUCAAAAUUUCUCCUCAGGAUGUCGAGGAUAACAUCUGCAAGUUCGCAAAGAAAGGCUUGACACCAUCUCAAAUUGGUGUCAUCCUUCGUGACUCUCAUGGGAUUGCUCAAGUGAAGAGUGUUACUGGGAGCAAGAUUUUACGGAUAUUAAAGGCGCAUGGACUUGCUCCUGAAAUACCUGAAGAUUUGUACCACCUCAUCAAGAAAGCUGUUGCAAUUAGGAAACAUCUGGAGAGGAACAGAAAGGAUAAAGAUUCCAAAUUUAGGUUGAUUUUGGUUGAGAGCAGGAUCCAUCGCCUAGCUCGUUAUUACAAGAAGACUAAGAAGCUUCCACCAGUGUGGAAAUAUGAAUCAACCACCGCCAGUACCCUUGUGGCAUAGUGAAGAUAUAUUUGGAUUACAGCUCUUUCAUGAACUUACUCUUGGAUAAGCUGAUCUCAGUUUUUUUGAUGUUAGUGUUGACUCUUACAAACACUUAAGUGGCGAAGGGAAUUUCAUGUUUCAGAUUGAUCUA